AACAGGCUGAACUGUGCUUUGUUUAUUAUGUUUAAUAAUUAAGUACUUAGUCUGAUGAUCACAAAAACAAAGCAGGGAUGAUUAGACAUGUGGUUCUGACGCAUGCGCAGUAAUAUUUUUUGCUGUGAAGAAUUUACCUCAACCUCAACUCCUCCUUUUUUCUGUUAUGCAACAACAAGAGUGAAAACUCAGAGUCAGGAAACAGCUCAUUAUUCAGUCAGGCGAAUGCUGUAGGUUGUAUUCCUGGAUCUACACAGGAUGGAUUUAAGCAGCAGUUAUAAUAGCAGCUACAACAACAGUGACCGGCUAGUGAGCAGUGACUUUCCUGCAAUUUAUAACAUAACAUUCUUCUCCUUGGAAGUGACAGAUGUGCUUCUCAAAGAAAACGAUGAUGUGAAGAAAGUUCUGGUGACCAACAAUUCCAAGGAAACGCUAGAAAGUGACAUCACAAAUGUCAUCUUGCCCGUCAUCUACAUCAUGAUUUUCAUUGUGGGGUUCCCAGCCAAUGCCCUGGCCAUGUGGGUGUUCCUCCUCAGGACGAAGGUGAAGCAUCCCCAGUCCAUCCUGAUGGCCAGCCUGGCGCUCACUGACCUCCUGUUCAUCAUCUGGCUCCCGCUGAAGAUCUUCUACCACCUCAACGGGAAUAACUGGAUCUUCGGGGAGGUGCUGUGUAAAUUGCUGGUGGGGUCUUUCUACGGGAACAUGUACUGCUCCACCGUACUCAUAGCCUGCAUCAGUGUGCAGCGUUAUUGGGCAGUCGUGCAUCCGUUUUCCUAUAAAUUCAACAAACGAGUGACCGGGUGUCUGUCUGUGUGCGUGUGUGUUAUCGUCUGGCUCCUCACCAUUCCACUCUACACGUAUGACCAGACCAUUAAAGUCAUCAACCUGAACAUCACCACGUGCCAUGACGUCACUCAUCCCAACCAAUUCCACUUCCAUGCCGGAUACUUCCUGACUCUCGGCACUGUGGGAUUUGUAGUUCCGUGUGUGGUGUGUGUAGUGGCUUAUGUGCUGAUGUUUCGCUCCCUCGUGAGUUCCAUGGAUAUCAGCAGCAAUGGAAAGAAGAAGAAAGCGGUCAAGCUCAUGAUUACCGUGUUGGUGAUGUUCAUGGUGAGUUUUACUCCCAGUAACAUCAUCCUGAUUGUGCAUUACGCUCAGCUGGCUGCUGGGAUCCAGAACAGUGCGUACGGCCACUACAUCAUCGCUCUGUGUCUGUCCAGCCUCAACAGCUGCAUCGAUCCGUUUGUGUAUUAUUUCAUCUCGGAGGAGUUCAGAAAGCAGGUGAAGAACAUGCUGAUGUGUCGUGCAACCAGAUCUCCAAUCCCAACACCUAAAACCUCUGACACCAGCUAAUCAGAGAGAAGAACCUUCUGAAGGCAAAGUGGAGAACAUUCAUUCAUUCGUUCAUUCAUUCAUAUACAGUAAGCACGUUAUCCUGGUUAGAACAGCGGUAGAUCCGGAGUUUAUCCGAGGAACACUUGGCAUGAGGCGGGAAUACACCCUGGAUUGAACACCAGUCCAUUGCAGACACCCUUCACACACUCAGUCACAGAGUUAUUCACACAUUUGUUCACAACUAGGGGGUAAUUUGGAGUCAGUAAUUCACCUACUUGCAUAUUUUCCAGAAGUGGAAGGAAACCAGGGAGCCAUUUUUAAACCAAUAUAACUGGUCAACCAAUCAGGCGCGAAGUUACAGGUGUCUGAGGCAUCUACCACAAGACCACUAAAGUUCAUACAUUCAUCUUCUUUAUUCCAGUCAGGGUGAAGGCGGAUUCGGACUCUAUCUUGGGAGUGGCAUGAGUUGGGAAUACACCCUGACCAUGGUGGCUAGGAGGCCAUUUCAUCACAGGCUACAACACACACACACACACACACAAUCACAACAAGGGGGUAAUUAGUUCGGUCAGCAUGUUUUUGAGAAGUCAGAAGAAACUGGAGAAUCCUGAGAAAAUGUAAAUUUUCGGGACUUUAUCGACCAAUCAGGAUGAAGCUAAUGGUGUCAGGGGCAACUGGAUGAACCACCAUGUGACUGCCAAAGUUAACUGUUAAAGAAAGCUAUUUGCGAUAUGAGAGUUCAGACAACACGUUCUAGUACAUGACAUGAGACAAGAGUGAUUGUGGAACUCUGAGAACUUGAGCCAGGGUUCUGGGUGAAUUCUGCUGUGUGCUUUUUUUGGUUGUGAUUAGGACAGAGUCAUUUAUUAAAAUAAAAAUAUCAUGCCAGAAUCCACCGAGAACUCCACUUCCCAGACUGCACUGCACCAUACAAACAUGGCCGCCAGAGACCUCGAUCACUAACACCUCUUCCCACGGGAACUUGGGGUGGAACUUUGUGAAGUAACACUCAGUGUAUGUUGACCUGACUUACCAAGCCUUUGUUUACGUGUUGAGAUAUUCUGGUUUUUGCGUUUUGGAUGUUGCCUGUGAUUAACUGUUCGCUGAUCGCCUGACCUUCUGUCUGUCUCUGUUCAUGAUAUUGCUUCAUGUUUUGGAUUUGUCUGCCUGAUAGGGAUAGUUCACCUAAAAAAUGAAAAUUCUGUUAUCAUUUAUUUACCUUUAUGUCAAAUACUUACCAAAUACUGUUACUCAGGGUAUAAGCACUGAUCUUACUGUCGUUAUUUUGAUCCUAAAUGUAAAGAUCUUUCAUUUAUAUGUAUAUAUAUAUAUAUAUGUGUGUGUGUGUGUGUGUGUGUGUGUGUGUAUGUAUGUAUGUAUAAAACCUGGGCCUUUAUUAUUACAUGGAGAACCAAAAAGGACCUUUAUAUUUGUGACAAAAAACUCAUGUGUGCGCUUCUCAUUCAUUGACUAAUAUCACAAGAAGCGCCCCCUUGUGUCCACACUGAAUCAUUACACCUUUCAAUAAACAAAAUGACUCAAAAACUCCAAAAUAAUCCAAAUAAAAACGUAUACAGUAUAUAUACUUUUUUUUUUAGAAAUAUAAAAUUUCAAUAUUUGCACUAAUUGUAAUAAUCACAAGA